ACUAUCAACUGUACCGAGGUGAACUGUCAUAAGUGCUACGAGAUGGGCAUCUACGAGCUCAACGAGCCAGUUACACCACCUCACCUCAUCAGGUUCGCCGUCGUGCACUGCUACAUCGUCUUCAUCCUGGGUACACUCUAGUGCAGACUCAGUGCCCUCAGACUAUUAUCUGGGACUGUAGGGCUCGUAAUUACAAAAUGUUCACUUCACCGAAACCAGAGAGUGACAUAGACAGAGGACUCAUCCUUAAAAAACAACUCACACUACAGGUUAUGUUAUACCCCCUCUCCCCAGAAGCCAAUAUUACAUCUAGCCUCAUCAAAGACUUGAACAAGAAUAAAGACAACCGCCAGGACCCGGACAACGCAGGUAACGGAGUUGCAGUGUACUGUGUGGUGACUUGUACCAAGACCAAGCCAGCAGUGAAGGUACUGUUGUGCAGCGUGUUUGUGCCCAUUUUGGUGCUGUGCCUGGUGACCAAGCCUGCCCUGGCAGAGAUGCUCAUGGCUAUCCUCACCUGUGAUGACACCAGAACGCCCAAAAUGUUCAGGGUGGUGACCUCAUUGCUAUACAGCGGCCUCGCCCAAAUGGAACUCUUGUCUAUUGCUACUAUCUCAGUCGUUAGAGCCGUGGCUGUGUGGUCGUCCAGGAGACAUACAAUGACACUGAGAGCCGCCUUACUGCUGGUCCUUGUCAUCACUCUCUACUCUACCCUCAUGGCUGUGGGUCUGCUGGGUUCGUUGACUCUGGGUUACCUGGAGGGUCACCAGGUGAGGCGAGGCACCAGUGUACUCUAUUUUUUCCUAAAAACAAUGCUGCCCUUCCUGGUCACUGCAGUGUGUUACGCCUUCAUGAUGCAUGCUUUGUAUCGCAACCAUCGACGUCUGUCCAGCAUUCAACACUCUUCCAACGUGAACAGAGUGGUUGACCAGGCAACACGGGCCAUGUUGGCAGUCUUCAUCUGCAACCUCCUCUUCGGCUUCCCUCACUCGGUCUUCCACCUCCUGGACAAGCCAUCACACACCUCAGAUAUUCUAUGCCACAUCCUGUUCUAUACUCACUUCAUCGUGGAUCCGGUCGUGUUUGUGUGGUUCAACCGGAGCUACCGUCAUCGCAUUGGGGAAGGUGUGCGUGCGGGUGUGGCCUGUGUGACACAGUGUUUUCCCCGCACCAAGAGUGUGCCCUGCGCCACACCGAACACCACCUCCAACAACCUGGCCUCCUAUAUAGCAUCCAUGGACCAAAUAUCUUCAAUAACCAGUCAGACAAAGUGAAGAUCUCCACUGAUAAAUCUGAGAGGCUAGAUCCAAAUGGCGUAGUGAAGGAAAGACACAGGUUACAGAACAAACUUUUAUUGGGACAACGUUUUACUCGGUCAUGGUAAAACAGAGUGAAACAUUGUCCCAAUAAAAGUUUGUCCCUUAACCUGUCUUCUUCCCUACUCAGACAACUGUGAUAGAAGCUGUUAAGCAUAUUUACCUGCAUAUUUCAUAAUUGUGUAUAAAUGUAUCAACGACAGCUACCUAUUUAUUGCUAGGUGAACAGGGGCAACGUAUGUAAGAUUUGCCCGUACGUCUCACUCUGCCUAGGAUUCGAACCCAGGAUCUUUUGGUUGUAAGCAGGACGUUUACUGCUUACGUAAUGAGCAUAUAAUAAGUUUGGCACCACUUCAAGAAUGUUGACCAUCAUCUUUACUCUAAACUGCUCUCCACAUACAA